CCGCGACCUGGCAGCGCCAGUCUGUGAGCAUCGCGCGUUUGGCUCAGAGAGAGGGGAGAGCAGGCUGGUAAACAUCCACCCCGUCACCCCCAGGGGUGUGGGUCCCGUCCGCAGGCUGCGCGGUGGCUCCUGUGCUACUCCGGGCCGGGACAGUGCCUGGCACCAGGCAGACACUCACAUGUUGGCCGGAUGAAUGAAAGUCAUCCAGCAUGCUGCGCCCACCCCACGCCCAGGCGCACUGACCAUGAGCCUCAACUCCUCUCUGGGCCACUGGAAGGAGCUGAGCAACCGCACGGGGGCGGCGGCUGGUGAAGGGGGCGCCAUCGUCACCGAGUUCAUCGCCAUCGUGGUCAUCACCAUUUUCGUCUGCCUGGGCAACCUGGUCAUCGUGGUCACCUUGUACAAGAAGUCCUACCUCCUCACCCUCAGCAACAAGUUCGUCUUCAGCCUGACGCUGUCCAACUUCCUGCUGUCCGUGCUGGUGCUGCCCUUCGUGGUGACCAGCUCCCUUCGGCGGGAAUGGAUCUUCGGGGUGGUCUGGUGCAACUUCUCCGCCCUCCUGUACCUGCUCAUCAGCUCGGCCAGCAUGCUCACCCUCGGGGUCAUUGCCAUCGACCGCUACUACGCUGUCCUGUACCCCAUGGUGUACCCCAUGAAGAUUACGGGGAACCGAGCCGUGAUGGCUCUUGUCUACAUCUGGCUCCACUCCCUCAUCGGCUGCCUGCCGCCUCUCUUCGGUUGGUCUUCCGUGGAGUUUGACGAGUUCAAGUGGAUGUGCGUGGCCGCGUGGCACCGGGAGCCCGGCUACACGGCCUUCUGGCAGAUCUGGUGCGCCCUGUUCCCCUUCCUGGUCAUGCUCGUGUGCUACGGCUUCAUCUUCCGCGUGGCCAGGGUCAAGGCCCGCAAGGUGCACUGUGGCACGGUGGUCCUGGGGCAGGAGGACGCCCAGGGGACCGGGCGCAAGAACUCCAGCACCUCCACCUCCUCCUCGGGCAGUCGGAGGAACGCCUUCCAGGGCGUCGUCUACUCCGCCAACCAGUGCAAAGCCCUCAUCACCAUCCUGGUGGUGCUGGGCGCCUUCAUGGUCACCUGGGGCCCCUACAUGGUGGUCAUCACCUGCGAGGCCCUCUGGGGGAAGAACUGCGUCUCCCCGCGCCUGGAGACCUGGGCCACGUGGCUGAGCUUCUCCAGCGCCGCCUGCCACCCCCUCAUCUACGGCCUCUGGAACAAGACGGUUCGCAGGGAGCUGCUGGGCAUGUGCUGCGGGGACCGGUAUUACCGGGAGCCCUUCGUCCAGCGGCAGAGGACGUCCCGGCUCUUCAGCAUUUCCAACAGGAUCACAGACCUGGGCCUGUCCCCACACCUCACGGCGCUCAUGGCAGGCGGACAGCCCCUGGGGCACAGCAGCAGCACGGGGGACACGGGCUUCAGCUUCUCCCAGGACUCAGGGACGGACGUGAUGCUGCUUGAAGACUACCCGUCUGAUGACCAGCCUCCCCUCCACUCCGCUUUCCCACCCAAGAGGAGGAGCUCGGUGACGUUCGAGGAUGAAGUAGAAAAGAUCAAAGAAGCUGCCAAGAACCCCAUCCUCCACGUGAAGGCCGACGUGCACACCUCUUUGGACAGUUAUGCAGACAGCCUGGCCAAAGCCAUCGAGGCGGAAGCCAAAAUCAACCUGUUUGGGGAGGAGGCAUUGCCUGGGGUCUUGAUGGUGGCCCGGACCAUCCCAGGGGCCGGCUUUGGGGGCAGCGGAGGCAGCCGAGCCCUCGGGAGCCAGAGACUCCAACUGCAAAAAAUCGAGGAGGGGAACGUUCCAGCUGCGGAACAGAAAUGAGGGCCUCGGGCUGGCCCACAGCCCACCGAGCCGGGGCCCUGGGAACUCGGGUAGGAACGGCAUCUGGGGUGCAGCCACCAGAAAAAACACCGAGAACUGUGUCCAGGCCAGGAACUCCGUGUCUGCGAGCCCACCCGCGGGCUCCUAGAUCCCAGUGAUGGGACCAGAGGCAUCAAAAGCACAAAGCAGAGCAAAUGGAGGUGUGGAUUGGCUUUCUGGGAGGUGGGGCACCGGUGGGGCCCAAGACCAGCUGGGGGAACCCCAGGGCAGGUCAUGUUCUUUUGUUCACAUCUGCUACUCACUGUCCCCCCAGAGAGGCUCAGGAGGGGGGCUCUUCCAGCGCACUGGGGCGGAGGGCACCCCAGGCUUCUUCAGGGUUGAAGCAGGCCAUGUGGGGUCCCUAGAGAACCCAGGAGCAGGGCCCCCACGCAGUUCCCAGGCCUCAGUGCUGGGUAUGACCUGGCAUCGGUGGAGCCACCUCUAGUGCUCACAGGGGCAGCCCCAGGCCACCUCCCUCUUCACUGAUUCUUUGCUAUUUCGAAAGAAGGGAGAGAGAAACCACUAUAACAGACAGGAGGAAGGAGCGGAAGGCGGAUGCUUCAUUUCCAAGAAUUAUACUGUUUGGCUAGGACACGCCUGGACGGCCGGCCGGAGCCAGCACCUGCACGCCCGCCCAGCUCCACCUCUUCUUCCUCACGUCACCUGCACUUCCUAGCACCUCUCUGUGCAGCCGGGGAGAUGGGAUGAGGGAGUGGGUCGUCAGAGUGAAUGGUCUCCAAGAUCGUUUCCAGCUGCGAUCUCUGAUGUUCUCUGUAAGUUAGAGAUAGGAAAAGAAAAGGGACCCACGGGCCCAUGUUGGCACAGCUUCUGCGUGACUGCGGACAGAGACUGAGGCCCAGGCGUGCGGGCUCCCCGGCUUGUCUGCUCAGAAUGCGGCCUGCAAGGGGCCAGCGUGGAGGAGAGACGCCUCCCAGGGGGGCAGUGGGUUCACGUGGUUACACCUCGCCCCAACCCUUGGAGCUGGUCCUCAGUCUGCAGUUUGCAAAGACCUUUGCCGAGACCUGGGAGCGUGCACCUUCGUGGUGAUUAGCUUAAGGCCAGCUGUCGGUUCUGGGUGGGAGGGAAGGAGCGGAGGCAUCUUCACCUGCGGGUUCUGCUAAGGAGACGGGCAAGUCAGGCUGCUCUCACUCCGUGGCAUUCCUCAGAGCGCUUUAUCUCCUUUCUCUAAUCUUCCUAGCACUUGUCGGUUGUAAAGGGACCAUAUUCCUGACCACUGGCCUGCACAGAGGUGGAGCAGGGCGACCACCUUCACUGCUUCGUUGGGGUGACCUAAGGCUCACUGGUGAGGCCUUUCUGAUGCAGCACAUUUGGCUGGGAACCCGGGGGUUGGAGUGCGUGUCCCUGGGCUGCACUGGGCGGGCUCGAGGGAGAGUCCUGAGACCCCAGGUCCGCACUGGCUGGUCGCAGACUAGCUGGGAUUUACUAGGAUUAAAUCUAAACUUAUCUGGAAAUGCCACAGGUCACAGAAGGACUCACUGUUUCCUUCUUUUCUACUGAGGACCAUUCAUUUAUUCAUCUCCAGGCCCCGCACGUCACCUGUGCAGAGCACCAAGCUCGGCCCGUGAGCAAUGGCAUGAACGUGUUUACACACUCACUUAGGGACGGACCUGGGGGAUACGGAUGCUGGUAAACAGCAAAGCCGAGUAAUUAUUGUGGAGAGAACUGUGAGCUCCGGGGGGAGGUGACUAUGCUCCGUGGAGGUGGCAGUGUGAGCCAAGCCUUGGAGGGUAUCUGGCAGCUAGAACCAUAUUUUGCAUAUUGCAUAAUCGAGAAUUCAGUUGCCAUGAAGCCUGGGAGGACGGGAGGAGGGAGCAGGGAGCCGGUGGGUGGGGAGGGGUGGGAAGGCCCAUGCGCUCUGAAGCUUCCGAGAGGCGUUUCUGAGGACCCUGCCAUGAAUGCAGGUUGGAACCCAGGCCCAUCACUUUAUACCUCUGUGCAGUGGCUACAUGGACAGUGGCAGGUGGGACUGUUGGCCACUUGUCCACAACCUCUGUCCUGCAUCUCUGGUUGUGACAGGACCGAGUUUAGGGCUGUUGCCAUCUCUGCGCCUUUCGUUGAGAUCGCCACUUGAUGGUCCCUGUCCUGUGCCUGCCCAGAUGCCAGGCUUGGGGCUGUUAUGACCCAGAGGCACUGGGAUCCCCACCCCCCAGCACUGGGCUUCCUGGCCUGGGAAGACUGGAGUUCAGCACCUUAGCCACCAGGUGGCAGCAGUGGGGAGCACUAAGGAAACACUUGAAGGCUUGCCUCAGCAGAGCUCUGGCUUUGAACUUGUCUCCACCUUGGUCCUCAACCUUGGAAGGACCACCCAGCUUGCUCACACGUGUGACCCCUUUUGGGGCGGCAGGUUCUGCCCCUGCUCAGCUAUGAGAUCUUAAGCAACUGCCAAGAGGCAGGGCUGAGGACCAAGACCAGGGCCACCUGGUGCUAACGCGUUUUCUCAUCCCAGGAGCUGCUGUGGCUUCUGUCCACCUGAGUGACCAGUGAGACUAAUCAGUAUUUGCAGUCGGCCAGGGAGCGGGGGCGGAGGGGGUGGCAGGAGGGAAGAAGCGUGUUCCAUGCAGCAAGAGAUCUUAGCCUGUUAGGGUUUGCUGCAGGAAUACGUUCCACCGGACUCGCUGAGACACCUGCGCAUGAGGCGUGUGUCUGGACGGAGCCCAGGAUACUCUCUGGUGUCUAGCUCUGGCCCCACUGCUCUGUCUGGGAGGAACUGAGGGUGCGUGGCUAUGAGGGCAAGCCCAGAACUGGCAGGUGCUGAGCACCUACUGUGUGCCUGACGGUGGAGAAUUCUGUGCCUGUUGUGCGGCUUCUGUUAGGCCCUUGAGGGCUCUCGUUCCAUGUCCGUGUGCGUGCACGUGAGCGACACGGGAACAGUGCGGACUUGGCUGGGCUGAGUUCUGGGUUCAGACCCACGCGGCUGCUGAGUAGUUGGGUGUUGUUGGGCCAGUUCAUUUUUCUGCAUCGGUUUUCUCAUCUGUGAGGUUUCAUAACCUGUUUCUUGUGGGGACAUAGAAUGCAGGCCCCCCCACGGGAGGUUACGUGGAUUAAAGCUCCCGCACCACACGUGGGACACAGUGGUGCUGAGCCACUAGGGUCUUGUCCAUGACUAGGCGGGUGUCCUAUUCUUGUCUCAUAGGGACCCCUCAGGAGCUGUUAUCCUAGGUCAGAGGUGUUGAGGCUUCUGCAGUGGGAAUGGUCCUGUUUGCUGAGCAGCACAAGACCUGGGAUGGAAGGGAUGUGGUGAGGAAGGGGAGCGCGAGAGGAGGGGAAGGUGUGGGGCAUUGGGAGCUGCAGAGGUCUGAGGAGCACAGUGUCUGUCCAAGGUGAUGGCCUGGGGCCUGGUGUAGACCCCGUGUCACGGCACCAGCUCGACCUCCUGGCCCAGAAGAGACGCCCCGGAGGAGACUCGGCCUGGGCCCUGCGGCCAGCUCCGUCCUGCAGGACAGUGACUGCGUGGCGGUGGCUCUUGGGUUCAGAUUCUCCGAUCCUCCACCCUGAGGAAGUCAGUGCAGGGACAGGAGUCCAUGCUGCUACCCCAGUGCGUGCAGAACCCCAAGGUGAACCCUGGGGGGCUGGCGGAAAAUCACCGUUUUCACCUGAAGCAAAGGAAAAUGGCUGAGUCGUAUAUGGACAAGAGGAGGCAGAGUGGACACUCCUGGGUUGGGGACAGACAGAAUCCAGGGGGACCUAGGAAGUGAAGAAGUGUCCAUAGUCUUGAGGUGCAUGACACCAGCGUCAGGGCCCAGUGCCGGGUCUUGGCCACGUGACUGAGGAAGGAGUCAGCUGUGCAGCUCGAGGACGAGCAACAGUGAAGUCAUUACCAGGAGGCAGGCCGGCGGCUUCCUUGUGGAGAAAGAGCUGGUAACGGAGUGAGUGCCCGGAGGCUGAACACCUGCUUGCCCGGCCUGCAGAAACGAGACGCGGGGACAUGGUUGAAUUCCCGGAAGGACUCGUAGCACAGACUCCCUGCAGACCAGCAGGGCACCAUUUUGCUCCACGUUAUUUUAGGGUCUAACACACGGAGCUGUUCAUUUCCCCAGGAAGCAUGCUCCUGAGCAGUAGUAACAGCUUAGGAAUUCCAGGCCACUUGCUGUUCCUUUUGACACCACCAUUUUGCAAUGUCACCAAUCACAGGCAAGUCGGCCCCUCCCGGGGCAAGGACCCUCCUGGGGCCUGGGCAGGCGGGGCCACCCCAGGGCAGUGGGAGGAGCCGUUGGCGCGGGCGCAGGGGUCCAGCUGUGGACCUUCGGAGGGGAGUCCUGGGCUGUGUUCUGGCGAUGGAACCCUGGAUGCAAACGUGGUUAAAAACCAACCUUCAAACAAAACAAUGACAAGCUAGUCUGGAAAUACAUUUCACUUGGAAUUAUUGUUUUGUUUUUUUAAAACAAGACAAUGUUUAGAGUUAUUAUAAAUCAAUAUUUAUAAACAAAAGUGCAUUUAGCAUAGCUGUGUUCACCUGAUGAAAUGUUUUUGGCACGUGUA